AUGGCAACGAGCCGCUCGAGUGCCGGACUGCGUACCGAAACGUUCGGGGCUAAUGAUGACAGACGCAGGGGACCGCAGAGCUCUGAACCUCGCCAGCGACCCAGCCAAGCCGGCGCGCGCCUCGAAAGGUUGUGCAUGCCGCCGGUAUCGCAGUGA